AUGGCCUUCUCAAAGACUCUGCUCCUCGCCACCGCCGCUAUGGCCAUGGGCUCGGCUGUCUCUGCUCAGAGCAGCACUACCGCUUCGUACGACCAGGUGGCUCAGAUUCAGCUCACCUUCCCUGCUGCUGAUCUUACUCCCGUCCCCGUCCCCGCUUCGUGGCUCGACAUUCAGGGUGUCCUCAACGUUACCUUUGGCGAUGUAGCUGUCUCCAACAUUGGUGACAAGCUCACUGUCGCCCAGGUGCAGACCGCCCCCACCUUCCGUAUCAGCUCCCAAACUGCCGCCGCUUCAAGCGCUGCCACUUUCGGGAACAACAAGAAGUUCACCGUCGCCUUCGUUGAUGGCGGUGUUGCAGGCAAGAACACUUCAACCGAAGUCUUCUGCCACUACCUUGGCAACAACUUCACAUGGGACUCGAGCAGCGGUCAGCUGCGCAACCAGACCGCUGCUCGCGUUGCUUACGGUGCUCCCUUGCCCGACACUAACGACGGUCCCCACCGAUACAUGCAGCUCGUCUUCCAGCAAUUUGACAACUUUACUGCUCCCGCUAGCCCCGCUGCCAACGCUCCUAUUCAGAGGCUCCAGCUGCAGGACUACUACAAGAACGCCAACGGUGGACUCGGCAAGAUUGUCGCUGCUAACUACAUCCAGAUCGAGGUGGGUCAGGCUAGUGCUCCCAGCUCCACUUCAGCUGUCUCGCAAGCUAGCAUCACCGCCCUCGCUGCAAGCAAGAGCAGCGCUGCCGCUUCCAAGACUGGUUCGUCGUCCGCUCCCGGCUCCACUGGAUCUGGCAGCUCGUCCUCGGGAAGCAGCGCCGCUUCGACUGUGUUUGGCAGCGUUUCGAUGGCUGGUAUUGUCGCUAUGGGCUCGGCUGCCCUUGCCGGUGCUGCCAUGCUCUAG